AUGAAGAUGAGACGCCAUAAACUCUUUCUGACUCUCUGCAUGGCUGGUCUCUGCCUCAUCUCCUUCUUGCACUUCCUCAAGGCCCUUUCCUAUGUCACCUUCCCCAGGGAGCUGGCUUCGCUUAGUCCCAACCUCGUCUCCAGCUUCUUCUGGAACAAUGCCCCUGUCACACCUCAGGUCAGCCCUGAGCCAGGGGGUGCAGAGUUCCUCCGCACACCCCUGUACUCCCACUCCCCCUUGCUCCAACCCCUGCCUCCCAGCAGAGCCAGCGAAGAGCUGCACAAAGUUGAGUUCGUGCUGCCAGAAGACACAACAGAAUACUUUGUCCGUACCAAAGCCGGUGGUGUUUGCUUUAAACCAGGCACCAAGGUGUUGGAGAAACCACCUGUGGGAGGUCGGCUGGAGGAGCGAGCAGAUGGCGCAGCGUCGGGGCGAUCAGCUCGCAAGCCACUGAGCACCAGUGGGACCAAGCGGCGCAAGUGGGUGGAGUGUGUGUGCUUGCCGGGCUGGCACGGCCCCAGCUGUGGGGUCCCCACGGUGGUCCAGUACUCCAACCUGCCCACCAAGGACCGCCUUGUGCCACGGGAGGUCCCCCGGAGGGUCAUCAAUGCUAUCAAUGUCAACCACGAGUUUGACCUGCUGGAUGUCCGUUUCCAUGAGCUGGGAGAUGUCGUGGACGCUUUCGUGGUGUGCGAGUCAAACUUCACAGCCUACGGGGAGCCGCGGCCCCUCAAGUUCCGCGAGAUGCUCCUCAACGACUACAUCCGCCACAAGGUGCUCUACGUCUUUCUGGACCACUUCCCCCCCGGUGGCCGCCAGGAUGGCUGGAUUGCUGAUGACUACCUGCGUACCUUCCUCACCCGGGAUGGCAUCUCUCGCAUCCGCAACCUGCGCCCGGAUGACGUCUUCAUCAUCGAUGAUGCCGAUGAGAUCCCUGCCCGUGAUGGCGUGCUCUUCCUCAAGCUCUAUGAUGGCUGGACGGAGCCCUUUGCCUUUCACAUGCGCAAAUCGCUCUAUGGCUUCUUCUGGAAGCAACCAGGUACCUUGGAGGUGGUCUCGGGCUGCACCAUAGGGAUGCUCCAGGCUGUCUAUGCUACUGACGGGAUACGUUUGCGACGCCGCGAGUACUACACCAUGCCUGGGUUUCGGCAGUAUGAGAACAGCACGGGACACAUCCUGGUGCAGUGGUCUCUGGGCAGCCCCCUCCACUUUGCUGGCUGGCACUGCUCCUGGUGUUUCACCCCAGAGGGGAUCUACUUCAAACUGGUGUCAGCCCAGAAUGGGGACUUCCCCCGCUGGGGUGACUAUGAGGAUAAACGAGACCUCAAUUAUAUCCGGGAACUGAUCCGGACUGGUGGCUGGUUUGACGGUACUACACAGGAGUAUCCCCCUGCUGACCCCAAGGAGCAGAUGUAUGCUCCCAAGUACCUGCUCAAGAACUACCAGCGGUUCCGCUACUUGUUGGAGAACCCCUACCGAAAAGCGGAGGGUGCUGGGUGAGGCUGCCAAGGCUUGGGGCUUGUGUGGGAAUCAGAACUUCACAACAAAGGGAAAGUUUUUGU